AUGGCCACAGAGCAAGGGAGGGGACAGCAUGGCUCAGCCCCAGCCCCCAGCCCCCAGGCUUCCAGUAGCGGUGCUGAAGGGCCCCCCUUGACCAGGAGGAGGAGCAAGAAGGAGAAGGGGCUCCGAGGGUCCAGAAAGAGCACUGGCAGCUCCGGGGAGCAGGCCCCCACACAGGGCCCCGAGGCCCCGGGAAGCAGCAAGAACCCAGCUAAGACCGGAGAAGGGCAGGAAGAUCCAGCCCCUGCAGCCCCCGGGCGGGCCUCUCGUCGCCAGUCCCACCGGCAUCGUCUUGCCCCCCAGCAUGAUGCUGCUCAGAGGACAUAUGGGCCCCUGCUGAACCGCAUCUUCGGGAAGGACCGCGAGCUGGGCCCGGAGGAGCUGGAUGAGCUUCAGGCUGCCUUUGAGGAGUUUGACACAGACCACGAUGGUUACAUCGGCUACCGGGAGCUGGGCGAGUGCAUGCGGACGCUGGGCUACAUGCCCACCGAGAUGGAGCUCAUUGAGGUCUCCCAGCACGUCAAGAUGCGAAUGGGUGGCCGCGUGGACUUCGAGGAAUUUGUGGAGAUGAUGGGCCCGAAGCUGAGAGAGGAGACGGCGCACAUGUUGGGGGUGCGGGAGCUGCGCAUCGCCUUCCGUGAGUUUGACAGGGACAGGGAUGGGCGAAUCACGGUGGCAGAGCUGCGACAGGCAGCACCGGCUCUGCUUGGGGAGCCGCUGGUGGAUCCUGAGCUGGACGAAAUGCUUCGAGAAGUGGACCUCAAUGGGGAUGGCACUGUAGACUUUGAUGAAUUUGUGAUGAUGCUUACCACCCACUGAGGCUCCAGGAAGGAGAAUGUUGCUCCUCUGGCCCCAGACACCAGCAGGGUUCAUGCUGCACACCCUCCGCAUGAGGCCCCAGGAUGAAAAAGACCCAGCAGCCCCAGACUUCUGUUCCUGACAACAUAUGGCAAGAGAGUUGGCUUGUGAUGU